UUGUUUUUCUUUACUCCAGAGGGCGCUGUUUGCGCUGAAGUUUUUUUUGACACUCUCUCGGCCCCCGUAGCGUAGAAGAAGAAGUUCAAGAUGGCGGAACGUGGCUACAGUUUCUCGCUAACCACAUUUAGCCCCUCAGGUAAACUGGUCCAGAUUGAAUAUGCGCUGGCAGCUGUAGCAGCUGGAGCUCCUUCCGUUGGUAUCAAAGCCUCUAACGGAGUUGUGCUGGCCACGGAGAAGAAGCAGAAGUCCAUCCUGUAUGAUGAACAGAGUGUCCACAAAGUGGAGCCCAUCACCAAACACAUAGGCAUGGUCUACAGUGGGAUGGGACCUGACUACAGGGUUUUAGUGCGACGAGCCCGAAAGCUGGCGCAGCAGUACUACCUGGUGUAUCAGGAGCCAAUUCCUACCGGCCAGCUAGUCCAGAGGGUGGCCUCUGUGAUGCAGGAGUACACACAGUCUGGUGGAGUGCGUCCUUUUGGUGUGUCGUUGCUGAUAGCUGGAUGGGACGAGGACCACCCCUACUUGUUCCAGUCUGACCCCUCUGGGGCAUACUUUGCAUGGAAAGCCACGGCUAUGGGAAAGAACUAUGUAAAUGGAAAAACAUUCCUUGAGAAAAGGUAUAACAAUGACCUGGAGCUAGAAGAUGCCAUUCAUACAGCCAUCCUGACUCUGAAGGAGAGUUUUGAGGGUCAGAUGACCGAGGAGAACAUCGAGGUGGGGAUCUGCAACGAGGCAGGUUUUAAAAGACUCACCCCGGCAGAGGUGAAGGACUACCUGGCCGCCAUCGCGUGAUCACAUCCUCCCUGCUGACUCGGCCCUCUGGCCACAUUUCAAGACAGUGAAUCAGCAGCACAGUAGCCAGUAGUCACAUGAUGUUAUUUCCAGCUAGCAUGCCUUAAAUGUUACGGUGAAAGAGUUUGACUCAAACCGGAGUUGAACUAUUCCAAUCAGACAAAAUCACAAAUGUUGGUGUGAACAGUUAACUUUACAAAUACAUUUAGUUGGUCUAUCAUUGACAAUAAGCCAACUUACCUUAUACGGCGGUAACGUGGGAUGUGGCUAUUGGCUACUGUGCUGUCUAGAAGGAAUUUGGGCUCUGGUGAGUGGAAUCUCAAGUCGUCUGACGAAUCCUCUUUAAAAUCUUUUUGCAUAUGCAACAUGUGAUGUUUGAGAAUCAAACACUGAUGUAUUAUGCAUUAAUUAUAAAUUCUGACUGUUGCCCUGAGUGUUUUUGUGGACUCUGGUUGCAUGGAGUAAAAGUUAAAAUAUCAGAUUGACACGUAUGAGAUCUAAAUCUCAGCCUUUGUUCUACAAAAGGCUUUCUUUUUGCAUCUUGGUUCAUCCUCAAAUGCUUUUAGGACAAACAAAAACAAACAAGUGAAGUGGGUUUAAUGGACAGUCUUGAGAUUUCCUCAUCAAGAUCUGGUUGACUGUACAACUUUUACACAAUGUUUUCUUUUUUCAGGUUAGAAAUAGUUCUGAAAUUUGUAUUUUCUCUUCUGCAAUCUGUCACUUAUUCAAAUAAAAUAUGACUAUCUGUUUUGGA